GGGCUGGAGCUGAGUUAACCCUUUGUGCCCCCCGUAUAAAGCUGCUUUAUCUGUUCUCUCACCCCCCCCACCCCCGCAGGAAACACGCCCUGAACUGCCACCGCAUGAAGCCAGCCCUGUUCACCGUCCUGUGCGAGAUCAAGGAGAAAACAGGGCUCAGCGUUCGGAGCAGCCAGGAGGAGGAGCCGGUGGACCCGCAGCUGAUGCGCCUGGACAACAUGCUGCUGGCCGAGGGGGUGGCCGGGCCCGAGAAGGGAGGCGGCUCGGCAGCGGCGGCGGCAGCAGCGGCAGCCUCGGGGGGCGUCUCCCCCGAUAACUCCAUCGAGCACUCGGAUUAUCGCAACAAGCUGGCACAGAUCCGCCAGAUCUACCACGCCGAGCUGGAGAAAUACGAGCAGGCGUGUAACGAGUUCACGACCCACGUGAUGAACCUGCUGCGGGAGCAGAGUCGCACGCGCCCGGUGGCGCCCCGGGAGAUCAAGCGGAUGGUCGGGAUCAUUCACCGCAAGUUCAGCUCCAUCCAGAUGCAGCUGAAACAGAGCACGUGCGAGGCCGUCAUGAUCCUGCGCUCCCGCUUCCUGGACGCCAGGCGGAAGCGCCGGAACUUCAGCAAGCAGGCGACCGAGGUGCUGAACGAGUAUUUCUACUCCCACCUGAGCAACCCCUACCCCAGCGAGGAGGCCAAGGAGCAGCUGGCGAAGCAGUGCGGGAUCACCAUCUCCCAGGUCUCCAACUGGAUUUGGCGAACACGCGCAUUCGCACUAUACAGAAGACGUAACCUGGCCUCCGCGCCCGAACGUGCGCAGUGCCCCCGCACCCGACCCCCUCCUACCGCAGCCGGCCCACCCCUCCCCAUGGGCUUCAACGGGGUGAGAGAGACGGGAGGCCGGUACAACGUGGCAGGCACUUCCCACCGGAAGGCCCCUGCCCACUCCUCCUCCGCAGGGUCUGGUGGCUCCUUCAACCUUUCCAGCUCCAGUGACAUGUUCCUGGGGCUACCGGGACUCAACGGGGAUACGUACCCUCCCUCCCAGGUGGAGUCUCUGCGUCACUCCAUGAGCCAGGGGCCAUAUGGGGAGGGCCUGGCGCCCAGCCAGCUGUACAGCCCCCGUGACGUGAGGGCUAAUGGUGGCUGGCAGGAAGCCGCUACCCCCUCCUCGGUGACGUCCCCCACAGAAGGACCCGGCAGUGUCCACUCCGACACCUCCAACUGAUCCCGCCCCCCAGCCGACCCCCACUCCCAUGGGGGGCGGGGAGCUGGCGUCUUGCCGUGGGAAGCAAGCCAAGGUGGUGCCCAUGGGGACCCCCCCGCUGGCGUCGCUUUGUGGGCUGAAUCCAGGCUCCCUGGGCAUUUUGGUAUUGAACGAGCAGCACCGACCCCCCCAUGUAGGGCCAAGACCCCCCCCGCCAGAUUUCUCACUCUUCAGGGUGUUCCCUUCUCGCCCCGUGCUCCAGCCUCGCCGUUUUCACUCUCGUUUCGGACGGGCUCUCCCCAGGUUCUCAGCUCCCUCGCGCGGCCCGUGUCCACCGUCUCUCGCUAGCCCCCCGCCACCUGCGCCCCCCUCCGAGCCCCUGAGCACGUGGGGCUGCAGGGCAGGAUGUUUGGGAGAGCAGAGCCCCAGCAACCUGCCCAC